CAUUGCGUUUUAAAACCUUACAUAUUCGGAUAGUACACAUUCUUGAUAAAAAUAUAGAUCAUACAUGUUUCUGUUUUGUUAGACAUAUCGUGUGAUUUCGUGGAAAACACUAUAGUAUUAGUAUUAGUUUUAUCAAUAUUAGAAAGUUGAAUAUUUUUAGUCAUAGUACAAAUCAGAUUUUAAAAGAAUAUUUUUAAAGAAACUAUUAUAAUCUGAAUCACUACAACGCAACGUGCAUUUAUUCAGGGUCAUUUUGGUUUGGAUUCAAAAAUCUACAUUGAAAAUGGCAAAGAAAUAAACCUUACUUAUACUACUUACAUCCAUCCACACACGUCUUUCAGAAACUUCUUGGGCGGCAAUAUGAAUAAAUUCAUACCAGUGUUAUUGCUUUGCUACAUAUGUGUAGUAGCGUUCGUUGUAAUCGACGUGAGUGAAGCUAAUGACACAAAGGUGCUCCACAGGAACAGGAGAUACCUAUCCUUCUUAAAUAUGACACGGUUCUAUCUAAAAUUUAACUUCAAAGCGAACAUAAUCCCAUGGAACCAGUUGUUCGCCCAGGCUAUAGGGUUCCGUAUAAACUGGAACGGACCGCCGUCAAAUUUUAGACCAUUCCAUCGAAUAUACCGCAGAGACAUCUACGAUUAUGUUGAAAGGCUGUUAGAUAAGAAUGGGCUGGAAGGGUUCCACUGCGUCCGACGCGCCAUUUGUGAGAUACACAUGAUAUCGGAGCCUGACAUGAUAUACCAUAAACUUCUUAAAAUGGUUUUUAGAAAAAUGUCACCAACAACGGAACGAUGGCACAACGUCACCACGGAUGAAUGCACCACCUCCAUCACUGCCUGCCCCCUGUCCCUACUUCAAGUAUCACCCUACACUGAUAUCAUGUGAUAAAUCUGUUACUAUAGAAUAUGUUGUAUACGUUGUUAAAGCUUUAAAUA